CUUAUUUCUUCCUCUUUUUGCACACCAAGAUCAAUCCAUCACAACAAGAACCUUCUUCCCAAUCUGACCACAAUGUUACCGCUUCUGUUCUUCCUUCUCCCCUCCCUCACCCUCUCCUCCCCCGCUGUCUUCCCCUCGGAUGACAGUAACAACCCUUCCCCCUCAGCCAAUAACAACAACAACCACAACAACCACAACAACCCCAUCGAUCUAACAGCCCCAACCCCAGAAUACCCCCUCCCCUGGAGCCUCACUCACUCCUCCUCCCCAGCAGAGCCAGACAUCUGGACCGACGACCCCACCCUCGCCAACCCCUCACCGCAAUACCCCCUCCCCUUCGCCUCCACCUCCAACAGCACCUUCGCAUCCCUAGCCUCGCAAGCCAGAAUCAGAAUCGGCUGCACAAACAACCCCGUCGACGCGUCCGAGUUAGAGAACAGUCUCACUUGCUUGAGCAACUGGUGCAGCACCGGGAACACGAUCCCGCCCCGUGGGGGGGAGUUUUGUAAUGUGGGGGGGAGUAUGAUGUAUAUCUGUUCUUAUGGAGGUGAUAACCCUUGCAGUGCUAAUGAGUUGGUUACUGCUUGGGGGAGCAUACAGAGGGAUUGUGGGCCGGGCAGGGGGGGGUGGUGGUUUAGUAAUGAUUGGAAGAAGACUUAUGGGAUCGAUUCGGCGGGGGCGAAUGUUUGUGGGAAUUUGUAGGGGUUGGGCUGUGUACCGAACUCAUGAAUCUUUUUUUUUUUGUUUUUGUUGUUUUGGGUUGAGGUGUUGGUUGUGUGGGAGUCUGGGUAGGUAGUCGGUCGGUUAUUUGGUGGUGACGGUGGUCGUUGGAGACUUUUCUUUUUGUCUUUUUGUUUACAAUAUUCUGUGUUUUCAUUGCUAGAUAAAUUUAAGUUGCUAUUCGCCCAC